AAGAAAGACAGUAAGCCCUCGGAUACCGGCAGGGACAGGCAACCUGUUACUAGUGACGACAGGUUUAAGGCUGUGCACAAUGAUCCCAGAUUCAGAUUGCCUCAGUUGAAAAAUUUCAAAGUCAAGGUCGAUGAGCGUUUCAGCAAGAAGGAAUUGAGAAAAUUGAACGCCAGUUCCAGUGGAAAAUCUGCCAGAAUCGACAGAUAUGGUAGAAAGAUCACAGCCUCAGAAGCUGAAAAAGAUCUUGACAAAUUCUAUGAACAUGAAGAAGAAUCUGGAGAAGAAGAGGAUGACAUUGCUGAUGAUAGUGACGAAAGUAAAGAAGAUGACGAAGAAGAAGACGUUGAAGACGAGUUAAGGGCCUUGGAUGAAGUUUCUGCUUUGGACAGAGCCAGAGGUGAAGGUUUGGGAUCAUCAUCUGAAAGUGAUAGUGAACCUGAAUCUGACUCUGAUUCUGAUUCUGAAUCUGAACUGGAGGAGGAAUCUGAAUCUGAAAUCGAAGACGAACAAGAAAAACCAGAAGAAGGUGAUCCGACAAGCGGAUUUGCAGUCGUGAAUAUGGAUUGGGACAACAUCAAGGCUGUAGAUUUGAUGGCUACUUUCCUUUCUUUCGUUCCAUCUGGAGGAUCUAUCAAGUCUGUAACUAUAUAUCCAUCUGAGUUUGGCAAAGAACAGAUGCAAAAAGAAGAGAUUGAAGGUCCACCAAGAGAAUUGUUCAAAAGCAAAAAGAAUAAGAAGGAAGAAGAGUCAGACUCUGACAGUGACUCUGACAUCGACCUUGAUGUUAACAACAGAGAGGACAUGGAAAAGGCUACUCGUAAGCUUUUUGAAGAAGACGACGGUGAAGAAGAUUACGAUAGUAAGGCUCUUCGUCGUUACCAAUUGCAACGAUUAAGAUACUAUUACGCUGUGGUCAAGUGUGAUUCUGUAAACACAGCCAAAAGCAUUUACGACAACUGCGAUGGUACUGAAUAUGAAUCCACUGCAAACAUCUUUGAUUUACGAUACGUUCCUGAUGAUAUGGAAUUUGAUGAUGAGAGUAAAGAUGAGUGCACCAAGAUUCCAUCCAGUUACAAGCCAGAUUCUACAUUUGUCACCGAUGCAUUGCAACAUUCCAAAGUCAAGUUGACCUGGGAUGAAACACCAAAGGAAAGAUUGACAUUGUCUUCGCGACCAUUGUCUCAAAAAGAAAUCGAGGAAAUGGAUUUCAAGGCAUACUUAGCUUCUGAUACGGAUGGAAGCGAGAAUGAAGAAGAAGAUAAAAGAGAAGCAAAGGACAAAUACAAGAACCUCCUCGGAGGUAGUUUCAACUUUAGUGGAGGAGCCAAAUCUGAUGGCGAAGAUGACGUCGAUAUGGAAAUUACUUUCGACCCAGGCAUGAAGGAAGCAGAACAAAAAGAAGAAAAUGAUGGUGAAGAACAAGAAUCCACAAUAGAUGCUUACAGAAGAAAGGAGAAGGAACGUCGUCAACGUAGAAUGGCCAAGUUCAAGGGAACUAAGGCAGCCGAAAAGGAUGAAACUGAUGUAAAAGAAAGUGAAACAAAGAAGUCCAAGAAUAGGAAACACAAUAAAAAACCACAAAUUGACGAAAAGUCGAAGGCUGAAUUAGAGUUGAUCAUGAUGGAUGAAAAUAACGAAUCUAAGAAUGAGGAACAUUUCAACAUGAGAGAUGUGAUCAAAUCUGAGAAGCAGAAGAACAAGAAGGGCAGGAAGAGUAAGAACAUCGACACUGAGAUGACUCAGGACAAUUUCCAUGUCGACUUGAACGAUCCUCGUUUCUCUGAAGUUUUCGAGAAACAUGAUUUCGCUAUUGAUCCAACCAACAGUGAAUUCAAAAAGACUGAUACAAUGAAGAAGAUUUUGAAGGAACGUUCCAACAGAAAGCGUGGACACUCUUCUAUGGACAAAAGUCAAUAUAAGAAGUCUAAGAAGGAUUCUUAUAAACAGAGCCAAGAAAAUGGCUCCGAAGUUGGAUCAUUGGUCAAUAAGAUCAAGCAAAAA